CACUGUCACACUGUAUAAAAUUAUAAUUCCACGUUUUUCACCCUCUCUCUCCUCUCAGUCCUCACUACUCCAGUGUCCAAACACUCCUCCUUCCGCAAUCUCUUCAGCAAUGGUGAAGCAUAACGGCCGUCGCCCUCCGCCGUCAGGCCGUACGAAUCUGGCGUCAUGCCUUGUCGCCGCCAUCUUCUUGGUCUUCAUUCUCAUCGUCGUCCUCGUCGUCUAUUUCACCGUCUUCAAACCCAAAGACCCCAAGAUCUCCGUUAACUCCGUCCAGCUUCCGUCAUUCGCCGUCUCCAACAACACCGCCAACUUCACCUUCUCGCAGUACGUCUCCGUCAGAAACCCUAACCGCGCCGUUUUCUCUCACUACGACAGCUCCAUCCAGCUCCUCUACUCUGGUCGUCAAGUCGGGUUCAUGUUCAUACCCGCCGGAAAAAUCGACUCUGGUCGGACCCAGUACAUGGCCGCCACCUUCACCGUCAAUUCCUUCUCUCUCUCCCCUCCCUCCAUCACCGUUCCCGGCAUAUCUGCCGUCUCCGCCGCAGCAGACAUUCCGGGUCCUACGAGAAACCCGGGCGUCCCGGAUUCACCGGCUUUUCAAAUUCCAGGUUUUCCUCAAAACCCGAGACCUCCGAAAAAUCCGGAUCCUCCGGGUUUCCGAGGCAAUCCAGGUGUGCCCGGUUUUCAAGGGAAUCCGGGCUAUCCGGGUCCGGGAUUUCAGGGGAAUCCGGGUUAUCCAGGGAUUUCGGGUCCGCCGGGGUUUCCGGGUAUGCCCGGCUCCCCGCCGGUGGGGAAUUCUGGGUUGUAUCCGGGUAUGGGAGACGGGUACGGGUUUCCGGGUGUCGGGUACGGAAACAGGGUCGGGCCGACGAUGGAGAUAGAGUCAAAAAUGGAGCUAGCGGGUUUGGUCAAGGUGUUGCAUGUCUUCACACACCACGUGGUGGCGAAAUCGGGUUGUCGGGUGACCGUGUCUGUGGCCGAUGGAUCCGUUUUGGCCUUCCAUUGCUGAUUCCACUAAUAUUAUUAUUCUCUUUUUUAUUUUCACUUUUAAUCCUCGAUUUCCAUCCUUUUUUUUUUCUCCCUAGAACUGUAGUUUUUUUGUUGUAUGUCUGGAAAUUAUUUCAGAAAAUUGUAAAAAUGAAUUGUUUAUAUGUAAUUGAUUAGCUCAGAGUAAAU